AUGGACCAAAUCAUAAGUCAAAAUGGGAGCAUAAGAAACAUUUCUCUUUGUUAUGAACAUCAUCCUAACUCCUGUCAGAAGUUCAUCUAUCCACAGGCCAUGCGGGUUAUUAUAUAUUUUGUCAUUGGUGUCAUUAUACUUCUUACAUUGUUUGGAAAUCUUCUGGUGAUCACAGCCAUCACUCAUUUCAAGCAGCUGCACACACCAACUAACUACCUCACUCUGUCUCUGGCUGUAGCUGACCUGCUUGUAGGAGGGAUUGUGAUGCUUCCUAGCAUGACACACUCUGUGGAGACUUGCUGGUAUUUUGGGAGUUUAUUCUGGCGAUACUAUGCAGUAUGCCACCCCCUGGUGUACCACAGUAAAAUAACCCCUCUCACUACUCUGUUCAUGAUCACUGUUUGUUGGAGUGUUUCUUUUGCUGAAGGGAUUAUUUAUCCAGAACUUAAAAUUCUGGGCAUGAAUGCUUACAAUAGUGUUAUAUGUAAAGGAGCUUGUGUGUUGCUUAUAGGACCCAUAAUGAGUUUUUUAGCUUCUGUGAUUUGUUUCUAUGUCCCUAUUAUUAUUAUGCUAUGCAUAUAUAUGAAAAUAUAUCUUGUAGCACAGAGGCAAUCACGAUUAGUCCGCAAUGCUCUGUCUCAAAUAAAUAAAUUCAGAGCUCAACCUGCCAUUAAUAAGGUAGAAAGUAAAGCAACUAAAACAUUAGUCAUUGUCAUGGGAGGGUUUCUUUUAUUUUGGGCACCACUUUCUCUGUGUAAUCUCAUUGUGACAUUUUCUGGUUUCAGUGGUCCACCAGAACUGUUUGAUGUGUUCUGUUGGAUUGCUUAUUCAAAUUCAGCCCUCAAUCCUAUUAUAUAUGCAUUCUUCUACAAGUGGUUUAGAAAGGCACUCAAAGUUAUUCUGUUAGGUCAAAUAUUUAGGAGAAACUCUUCUAGAAUGCAGCUGUGUUCAGAGUAG